AUGCGGACUGGCACGCCGGCACCCUCACGGCCAGCCGGCGGCCGCACAUGCACGCAGCGCUCUGGAACCAGCUUGACUCCGGCCUGCGUCUCGCGCGCUUCCCUCGCGCCGCGGGCGGGGACACCCUCCCGACCCGGGGGGCGCACCAUCACCCUCGCAGGCGCCGGCAAGGAUGCUGCUCCGGCCAUCGUCUCAUACACUGUACAAAAGGGCGAGACGAUAUGGGACGUGGCAAUACAGCACGGCGUGUCCAUGCGAACUAUCAAAGACAUGAACAAGCUGGCGGGCACGGACCCAGUGCUCGUUGAGGGGCAGCAGCUGCUGGUCCCCGCAUCCGGCAUAACGGCAGUGGCGCCCGUAGAUGACGCAACGUCGGCCGCCGCCCUGGGAUCGACACCAGCACGCGGACUUUGGGUUGGCUCGGAGCAUGUGCGACUGGCCAGUGUGGGUGAGGCCAAGGAGCUGUACCUGCGGCAGUGCGACCGGGGCAACUCGCAGAACACGCUGCUGGUGCUGUACGCGCCGUGGUGCCCCCACUGCAGGGACAUGGAGGACGAGCUGGAGCGGCUGGCGGAGGGUCUCUCCCACGUGUCAGCGGUGCGGGUGGUGGCGGUCAACUGCGACGCCGCGGAGGGCCGCAUGUUCGCCCGGGAGGUGCUGGGGGUGGCCUACUACCCGUCCAUCAUCUCCUUCCCGGAGCACUCCAGAACCUUCUUCAAGUACAAGGGCCGCCAACGCGACGCCGAGUCGCUGCUUCGCUUCCUGAACAUGACCUGCUGUGCGAGGGAGGACCAGAUGUGGUCGCUGAGGCCCCUAGGCGCCAAGCACAGCCACCAGGCCACCAUAGUGGCAGCUGGCGGCAAGUGGUUCAACCAGUAUCUUCCAGUCGGCACCUCCCCGGGUGCCAUGGCCGCGGCAGUGGGGAGCAUGGUGCUCGUGGCCGCGGCAGCAGCAGGCCUGGUGGCAGAGCGCCGCCGCCGCGCCGCCGCCGCCGCUGCAUCUGGCGACGGUGCCACCGUCGAUGCAGAUGUGGUUGCGGAGCUGGACAGCAGUCUGGGUCGCAUGGCGGCGCUGAUGCUGAGAGCCAUGGGGACGAGGAUGGCGCUGCUGCUGGGGCUCACAGGGCCGCCGUUGCCGCCGGCGGCAGACGCCGGGGAGGUAGUGGCUGCGAGUUCAGCUGCUGUGCUGUCAGCUCCGGCGUCAGCGGCUCCAGUAGCAGCAGCGGCAACGGCGGGGCCAGAGUCUGCAUCUGCGCCGGCUGGGGACCGGCGGCCGGCGGCGGCGGCGGCGGCGCGUCAGAUAGGGAGCACAGGCAGUAACGGCGUGCACGUGCAGCCAUCCGGCACAGCCUCGCCUGCGGACGGCUCCGCCGCGGCAGCGUCGCUCUUGCAGCCGCCGUCCUCCAACAUUCCCGACAGCGGUCGAGGGAGGUCAAGUGUUGUCACACCCACCGUCAUGGGGGCCGCAGCCACGGCCGCGAGCCCGGACCCGGUGUUGGGCCCUAUGUCUCGGGGUCUCACAGCAGAGGAGCGCAUGCGGCUGACACGCCUGACGGACGAUGAGCUCAUCGCGCUGGUUAACAGCGACCCAGACCUGGAUAAGGUGCUGUCAAGGCUGCUGGGUGAUAAGUGA